AUGGCUCCGGCUCCCAAGAACACCAACAGAGGCGAUCAACCUCCGGCUUACGGAGAGACAUCCUCACCACCUCAACCGCCCCAGCCAGCGUACGGAAGAGAUGGGGGCUAUUUUGGCUAUGACCAGAACCAGCCAAACUAUUAUCAGCAGGGCGUUCAGAGCCCUCAAGGCCAGCAGGCAUAUUACCAGCCCGGUCUGCAGAUGAGCUAUUAUAACCAGCAGCAAAGCCCUUUUCCAGGCCAAGGUCAAUACUACGGCGGAAACCAAUAUCCAGGCCAAGGACAGUAUCCUCAAGGCCAAUACCCCCAAGGCCAAUACCCCCAAGGCCAAUACCCUCAAGGCCAAUAUAAUCAAGGAUAUCAAUGGCAGCGGCCAGGUGGAUAUGUUUCAAGUCGGCCCCCCAAUAAUGGAAGUACUGGUUUCUUGGAGGGACUGGCAAUUGGCACGGCUUGCUGCUGCUGUCUGGAUUGCUUAUUGUGUUGA